UUGCUCCAGCCCCCUUGUAGCGGUCGGUUGGUCGCUGCUGGGUUGCGCGCAGUGGCGUCUGGCAGCAGGAAUUUGGGGAGUGGAAAUUCCGCUGUUACUUUCACGGCUCGCCUCGUAUUCCUGACAUUUCUGCUGUGACGGUCAGUCAGUCGCUGCGAGCGGAGAGAGGCGGAUAAAGAAGAGCUGAACUGAAAUAAGGAGUAAAGAUCUGGAGAGCAGCGCUCCGAUGUUCCCCGCGGUUGGUUUUCACUGAAUACCCUAACUACUGAUUUCUCCUUUUUUUUGAAUUUUUUCCUCUUGGAAGUACGUGUAUCGAUCCUGUUUGGUAUCACAAGUGAGAGGUUUGAUACAGAAUCGAGGGCGCACAGCUGCCACUUCUGGCGAGCGGAUUUUUCCUCUUGAUUCCUCGUCUUGUUUUCUGCUUUUGGAUUAUUUUUUCCUUUUUCCAGGAGAUGGCAACUUGUUCCCCGACAGACGCGGGGAUCUGGUGCUGAGGCUCGCAGGAUGCUGGGGACCCUACAACAACCAGAUCUCUUACUUUGAGACAAUCUUCGCUUAAUUUUCUCUUUUGGACGUAACCCCCCACCUGGACCUUCCCCCCUGCCUUCCGUUUGUCUUUAUUUUAUUUCACAGUAUGUCUGUGUUGUACAAUCUGAGGAUGCCUAGUGGAUUGCUAUUGUUCCUUUUCACCCAAGUCAUCUUGGUUGCUUCGUUGACUCAGACUGAUAAAUGCGGGGGGAAUAUAGAGAUACACACGGCGGACUACCUGACCUCCCCGGGCUAUCCCGGAGCCUACCCGCCCUCCCAGCAGUGCGUGUGGGUGAUAACAGCCCCCGAGCCCGGCCAGAAGAUCCUCAUCAACUUCAAUCCGCAUUUUGAUCUGGAGGACAGAGAGUGCAAGUAUGACUACGUGGAGGUUUACAACGGCGGGGAUGAGCUUUCGCCCAUGCUGGGAAAGUUUUGCGGGAAGAUCGCACCGUCUCCGAUCAUCUCCAGCGGCAGCCAGCUCCUCAUCAAGUUCGUCUCUGACUACGAGACACACGGGGCGGGAUUCUCUGUUCGCUACGAGGUCUUCAAGACAGGUCCAGAAUGUUCCAGGAACUUUACGGCUCCCAGAGGCAUCAUCAAGACACCGGGCUUCCCCGAGAAGUACCCCAACAACCUGGAUUGCACCUUCAUGAUCUUCGCCCCCAAGAUGUCUGAGAUCGUGGUGGAGUUCGACAGCUUCGACAUGGAACCCGACACCACGCCGCCGCCGGGCGCCCUUUGCCGAUACGACUGGCUGGAGAUCUGGGACGGCUUCCCUGCAGUGGGCCCUCACAUUGGUCGGUACUGUGGCCAGACGUCCCCGGGCCGUGUGAUCUCCUACACCGGCAUCCUGUCCAUGACUAUCACCACUGACAACGCCAUCGCCAAAGAGGGAUUCUCCGCCAACUACACCAUUCGUGAGAGGAGCCUCCCCCCAGGACACGAAGAUGAGGAUUUUGCUUGCAUGGAGCCACUGGGUAUGGAGUCAGGAGAAAUUUCCUCUGAGCAGAUCAGCGCCUCUUCCCAGUAUAACUCCAACUGGUCCCCCGAACGCUCACGUCUCAACUACCAGGAGAACGGCUGGACGCCCUCAGAUGACACCGUCAGGGAGUGGGUACAGGUGGACUUGGGAUUCCUCCGAUUCGUCACAGCCAUCGGGACGCAGGGAGCGAUCUCAAAAGAGACCAAGAAGCACUACUAUGUUCGCUCCUAUAAGGUUGACCUGAGCUCCAACGGGGAGGACUGGGUCACCAUGAAGGAGGGCUCAAAGCAGAAGAUUUUCCAGGGAAACCACAACCCAACAGACGAGGCUCGCUCCUUCCUCCCCAAACAGACUCUGGCUCGCUACAUCCGCAUCCGCCCCAUGUCCUGGGAGCAAGGCAUCUGCAUGCGCUUUGAGAUUUACGGCUGCAGAACGUCAGACUACCCCUGUUCAGGGAUGCUGGGGAUGGUGUCAGGUCAGAUUUCAGAUGCUCAGAUCAGCGCCUCGUCAUUCGCCGACCGGGGCUGGGUGGCUGAGAACGCCCGUCUAUUGACAGGGAGAUCGGGCUGGACCGGGCAGCAAACCAAGCAGCCCUUCAGAAACGAGUGGCUGCAGGUGGAUCUGGGCCAGGACAAGAUGGUGAGCGGCGUGGUGAUCCAGGGAGGGAAACACCGCGACAGGAAUGUUUUUAUGAAGAAGUUCAGGGUGGGGCACAGCCUGGACGGAGAGGAGUGGACCAUUGUUAAGGAGGACAACACCACCAAGCCUAAGCUAUUCAUCGGGAAUCAGAACCACGACACCCCAGAGCUGAGGUCGAUGGGUCCCCUCCUGACCCGCUUCGUCAGGAUCUACCCGGAGAGAGCCACCAUCGAGGGCCUGGGCCUCCGACUCGAGCUGCUGGGCUGCGAACUGGACGACAUCACCACUACAGCACCUCCCACCACACCGAUCGCCUCUACUCUUCCCAUGACCACGUUUGGAGCGACCACCACAGCACCGAUCACCAUCCCCGGCACUACCUUGUCCACAGACUGUGAGGAAGGACAACAGGACUGUGGCGGCGAGACCGAGGCCCCCGAUGAGGAAGACACAGUGACAGCAGGAGGCACUACAUUGGCCGACCCCAUCUUGGACUUCAUGCCAGCGUACGUGUGGUUCGCCUGCAACUUUGACUUCUCGUCGUUCUGCGGCUGGACCAGAGAGACCGGGACGGGGGCCGAGUGGCUCAUCCAGGCCAACGGGGCCCCCACCGUCCACAGAGGGCUGACCCUCGACCACACAGGCGGCCCAGGGAACUUCAUUUACAUGCAGCUGGGUGAUACAGAGGCACCAAGUAAAACAGGUGAAGAUGACGAUGAAGAGGAGAAAGUGGCGAGGUUGGCCAGCCUGCCCAUCACUGCACCGGAUGCCGACUUGUGCAUGUCCUUCUGGUAUCACAUGUUCGGUGAACACGCAGGAGCGCUUCACAUCAGGCAGAGGAAGGAGGCAGAAGAGGGGCACAUUGUGUGGACGCUCAGCGGGCACCAGGGCAGCCGGUGGAGGGAGGGACGAGCCUUACUGCCACACUCCAGUGUCUCAUAUCAGGUGGUCGUGGAAGCCGUCGCAGACAGACACAGUGCAGGUCACAUAGCUGUGGACAACAUCCAGAUCAUAGACGGACUCAGUGCUGAGGACUGCAAGGUCCCCCCAGAUCCAGAAGCUCCUACGUCUCCAUCAACGAAGGUCAUCAUGCUUCCGAUGGACUCCCUCUCACAGGAGACCAGCGAGCUCGGCGGCCCGGGCAACAUGCUGAAGACCCUGGACCCCAUCCUCAUCACCAUCAUCGCUAUGUCCGCGCUGGGCGUCUUCCUGGGCGCCAUCUGUGGCGUCGUCCUGUACUGCGCCUGCUCGCAAGGCAGCAUGACGGACAGGAACUUAUCAGCCCUGGAAAACUAUAACUUUGAGCUGGUGGACGGCGUGAAGCUAAAGAAGGACAAGAUGAACGGACAGACUAACUAUUCAGAGGCGUGAGGGGGAAAGAGAGACGGAGCACGUGAUUGCUCCGCGUGGACACGUGAUGCAGCCAAUCAAGUGGGAGGAACACGGGGGGGCUGAAGCCACCAAUGGGACGGCAGGGUGGGCUGAAAGUGAGCCAAUGUAAUUUUUUUUCUCAGGAGCGGCAGUGGAAGGGACUGACCUGUAGGGGGCACUGUGUAUAAAGAAUCUGUACAGCAAAAAAAAAAAAGAAGAAGAAAACUAAGGAUUCUAUUUGUUUUUCGGCGUGCUUUGUUGAUUUCAUGUAAUCACAUGCUGGUGUUGAGACCAAUUCAGAUGAAAGUAUCGUUUGUGUACUUUUAUGGAAAGAUAUGAGUUUUCUGUUGUUUUUCUUGUCUUUUUUUUCCGAUGUCAUAGUUUCACAGAAAGAGUGGAGUGUGUGAAAUUUGCUAUCCUGAUAUCUGGCUCUUUAGCUGGUCAUACAUGUCCCUGUGAGUCUGAGUGUGUAUGGAAGUGUGUGUGUACAUGUGUCACAUUCAUAUACAGUGCAUCUGCAUUUAAGAUGUGUAUGUGUUAUGUAGUCUAGCUGAGGGCGUGUGUGUGUGUGUGUGUGUGUAUGUGUGUGUGCAUGCGUUUAUGUUUAUCUGUAUACAUGAAGUGCAAGCAUCUUUCGUUGUGUGUAUGUGUCUGUAUGUGUCUGUAUGUGUGUGUGUGUAUGUGUGUGUGUGUGUGUGUGUGUGUGUGUGUGUGUGGAAGGCAGGCACUACGGCCUGACAUGACCUGUGUCCAGUUCCAACAGUGCCUUUUUUUUCCUCCAGUUUUUCUGUUGCCUUGUUUUUCUGCUGGUUGUUUUCUCAUCGGCUGGCGUUGCGUCCAUCCAGGGUUCCUACACACAAACAAGAGGAAAAGUUCGGAAACUUCAUCUUGAACUUUUCCAGAUUGUGAUUAUACAACUAUAGGUUUUUAGAUGUAGUAGUGUACUGUCAAAUAUCACAUGUGUCGGCGUAGAUCUGGAGAUGUUCUUGCCUUGAUGACAGUCAUACUGACAGACUAAAAUAUUAAAAUCCAAGUUAACCAGUUUAGGUUUUGGAAACGAUGGAAUUUCCGAAUGUGUAGGAGCCCUGAAUGCCUCAUGUUCAUGGCACAUGACACAUCCAACAUAUUGUACAUAGGUUUUAAUAUAUUUGAGCGCCCUUUUCUAUAGAAAAAGACACCAGUGCCGCAGUAUCCUUUCUUUGUUGGAAUCAAACUCGCCCUGAUCUCUAAAGUGUACAGAAAAUAUUCAUUUUAACAGACAGAGACACAAACCUGUUGUUUGUGUUUCUUUUACAAAUGUGAUCUGGUUGCCAUUUUGUGAUUUUUGUCGUUGUUUAGUUUCUGUUUGUGCUCUGGGAACAGAAAAGGUUUUACAACGAUGGAAUGGGCUUUGAGAUUACGGAGAGAUGCCUCAGACAUAAUGCCUCGUGGGAAGUGAUGUUUUUGUACAGGGUAAAACGGACAACCUCAGUAUAAGACAAUGACAGCACGUCAAGGAUGGAUCAACAGGAUUGAAACACUUUCACUGCUAACGGCUAACAUUUCUCACUGGCACACAAAAUGACUGUUGGACCUUUUAACCAGAGGUGUGUCCAGCCAUCAGAAAGACUUCCGUCAGCAUCUUUUACUGAGCUGACAGGAUGUGGACGCUCUGAAUGAUAAACUAAAAAUUCAUGUUUGCCAUGACAACGAUGUACUCUGUCAUUGUUUUUCCUGUGUUUUUCGACUAUUGGAGGAGUAAUCUUUGAAGGAUCUAAAUGAUGUGUAAUGACCCCCCAGCAGGUGGCUAGCUGCAGCUGAUCCUACUGUCCAAUCCUUGCCUCACACGUCCAUUUCUCUCAAGCUAAAGUGGCCUGGAAAUAACACACACACACACACACACACACAAACACAAUUUUAUAACAAAGAUGAGUUUACUAGCUAAUCAGAGCAGAGACCCCACAGAAAUGCCUCGUAAAACAAUAGGGCUUGUUAGUUUCUUGAUUCAAAAGGUAAUUUACAUUGAAAGUGCUGUUAUUGUCAGAGGGAUUUUGCCGCGGCUUAAUUUGCAUUUUAUCCUCAUUUUACUCUCUAUUUGCAGCAUUUUCUUAGCUGUCAACACUGCAAAAGGGCCUUAUUUCCUGUGAUCUACAGGGAUGGAUGCCCUCUUAACAACUUCAGAGUCUGCGUAUUCUUCAGUGGAAAAUUAGUUAAAAACCUGAAAACGAUGAGCCUUAUAAAUAUUGUACUAAUAAGACUGUUUUGUUGUGUUUUAGCUUUUGUAGCUAAAUGUGGUGUGAUACUGGUCACUUGUUCAUAGCACUGUAUCGGUGGGAGGAUUGAGUCUUGAGGGCCAGGAAUUUUACCAGUCACUAACCUCAUCAACCUCCAGCAGAUGUUUUACGUUCCCUCUGGGAUAAUAAACAGGAAUAUUCUGACUGAAUGUUCAGAUAAUUUAAUUGCAAAGACUAAAAAGCCAUGAAGCAGGUGUGAUCGUUUGACAUGUUGCCGCCGGUAACUGUUUGUCCCGGUGUGGUUCCUAUUACGCUGCGCUGUAGAAGUGCAAUCCGCCCAUUUUUUAAUGUAGCAUGUGGUAUUGUGUGAGCUCCAAAUGUGAAGUUCAUGACCGUCCAUCGAUUCUCAAAUCUAUCCUUUAAGAUGAGGCCUCAGAGACACUUUGUUGUAAAAGAAAUCCACCUCACUCAGUUUAAACUAAAUCAUCAUCUGCUUGCAGUAAUGAACAUUUCCAAUCAAAUUAAAGUGCUCUGACUGUUGAGAUGUUCAUUAUUCACUCUCGAGAAGCGCAAUGGUUCAAAAUAUCAAUGAAAUGUUUACAGCAGAAAGACUCAGACAAGAUUUUAAGUAUCUAAAUUAUAAUUUCAGUCGAACAGAAUGUGUUUUAACAAAGCUCGCUCCCCCUCGAACAAGAAAGGAUGCUGCAGCACUAGAUGUGAAAACAAAUGUUGCACUGAUAUAUUUAAAAAGAAAAAAAGAAUCUGUGUUUAUGAUGUUGAUUUAUGAAAAGAGAGCGCGAAGGAAGGAAAGGACAGUGUUAUUGUUGCUUCUUUUUAACACGGUUUCAGAUGACGAUGUUAUAAUUCUGAAAAGUACAAUUUACAGAGAUGUUUUUCAUUCUCGAAAAAGCUUAUAUGCGUCUCUUUGAAACGUAACAAUUUUAUUUACUUGGUAUAAUAUCACCUUGUUUUUGUACUGUCACUGAUGUACGUGCCAUUGUUUUUUUGUUUUUUGUUUUCUUUGUAUGACAAGAAGAAAUGUUUUUUUGUUUUUUAAAAUACUGCUUCUGUAAUUUUUUGCUGUCUCAGAUCCAGAAGAAGAUAAAAAAAAAACACAAGAAAGGAAAUAAGGAAGUAAAAAAAAUGGAAAAGCAGUGAGGCCUUAAGUGACUACAAGUAUUGUUUGUACUUUGACUUUCUGGUCAGCACCCAGACUCAUUCGUCUCUGUUGUCUCAGACUCUGAUCAUUGACUAUUACAUUCCAAAGAAUUGGAUCAAAUAAAUGUUUUAAGUAAAA